AUGAAACCGUCUUCUUUCCUUAUUGCUGCCGUGAGUGCGCUGGGACUUGAUGUGUCCUACAGCAUUGACGUACCUCAGAACACAUCGUCCACAGGGUCAGGCCCUAUCUAUCUCCGGCUCAGAGCCCCGCCUGGCGUCAAAUGGUUCGCAUUGGGCCAAGGGUCGCAAAUGACAGAUGGAAACCUUUUCAUCAUCUACUCUGCACCAGAUAAUAACGUCACGCUCUCUACGAGGAGAGCAACCGGUCAUGUCCAACCUCUGUACGAUUCUAGUAUCCAGGCGUACCUCGAGGAGGGAUCUGGUAUAUUUGACGGAAUUAUGACAGCGAACAUUCGCUGCGACAAUUGCACGACUUUGGCCAACGGCAAGAGCGCUGUGGGAAAGUCCAGCUCGUGGUCUUGGGCAUUGACUUAUGGGCAUCCACUGACGUCUACCAAUGUUUCGGAGAUGCUGUACCAACACGACUGGCAUGGGUCUUUUACAUUGGACUUGGAAAAAAAUGCCGGUAACAAUUUCUCCACUCCGUACUAUGUUCCAUUGCGCCUUUCAUCCCAUCAUUCGCCUUACUCCAACCCGCAGCAGGUCAGCGAUACCAUUCUUCACAAAAAGCGAAUUGCGCACGGCGUAAUGACCUCCGUUGCCUUCGUUCUCCUAUUUCCUAAUUUUGCGCUCCUCCUAUACAUCGUUCCAUCGCGCCGCACCGUGGCAUGGAUUCAUGCCCCUUUGCAGGCCUUCGCCGUGCUUUUGGCUCUGGCCGGGUUUGGGGUCGGGGUUUCUGUUUCAAAGGACCUCCAAGAGCUCGGUGGCUAUCAUCCAGUUAUUGGAUAUGUGGCCGUCGGCGGAGUCGUGAUUAUACAGCCGAUGCUGGGAAUCAUGCAACACCUGCAUUUCCGCAAGACUGGCACGUCGUCACUUUAUGGAGUUUCGCAUCGGUACCUUGGCCGCUUUCUCGCGGCCCUCGGAAUUAUCAAUGGAGGAAUUGGCUUCCAUUAUGCGGCCACAAAGAACCCCGAUAUACCACCCGCGUCGCCACUUGCUUAUGGUAUCAUCUGUGGGGCAAUGUUUUUGAUCUAUGUCGCUGUCAUCGCCUGGCGUAGGCGCAAGAACAAGCGUCUUGCCGCCGGCAACAUGACGUCGAAGUUUGUUGAAAGCAAAGGAACCUUGGCCAAAAUGGACAACAGCAGUGAUAGCACACUGGUCCAAAUACCACACGAUACCGCCGAUGCGCCGCGGAAGAAGUCGUGGGAACCAUAG